UUUUUGGAACAAACUGAUCAGCAAGAACAGCUGGCUAAGAAGUGGGGCUUCAAAACGUCUGACAUAAGAGAACUGAGUAACCAUGAAUUCUUCAUGCCAGGAAUGGUUGAUACACACAUUCAUGCCCCUCAGUAUUCAUUUACUGGUACAAGAGUAGAUCUACCUCUUUUGCAGUGGUUGACUACCUACACAUUCCCAACAGAAGCCAAAUACAAAGACAGUGAUUUUGCAGAAGAAGUGUACACCAGGGUUGUUAGACGAACUCUAAAGAAUGGCACAACUACAGCUUGCUACUUUGCAACAAUUUACACAGAUACUUCUCUUCUUCUUGCUGAAAUUAUAGAUAAAUUUGGUCAACGAGCAUUUGUUGGAAAAGUCUGCAUGGAUAUGAAUGACAGUGUGUCACAAUACAAAGAGAGUACUGCUGACUCUGUCCAAGAGACAGAAAGGUUUGUUAAGGAACUACUGGAAAAGAAAUAUCCAAGGGUACAGCCUGUAAUAACCCCCCGCUUUGGCCCUUCCUGCACAGAGGAUUUGCUGUGUGCACUUGGCGAUUUAGCACAGGCUCGUGAUCUCCAUGUGCAGAGUCACAUAAGUGAGAAUGAAGAAGAACUCAAACUUGUGGAGAACAUGUUUCCUACCUACCAGAAUUACACUGAACUUUAUGAUAAGAACAAGCUGCUUACCAGCAAGACAGUGAUGGCUCAUGCCUGUUAUCUUUCUGAAGAAGAGCUGAAACUUUUUAGUCUUCGUGGAGCUGCAAUUUCACACUGUCCCAAUUCUAAUUUUUCGUUGCGCAGUGGUGUCUUAAAUGUGCAAAAGGUCCUGAAACACAAUGUGAAGCUUGGCCUUGGCACAGAUGUUGCCGGUGGAUAUUCAGCUUCUAUGCUUGAUGCCAUCAGGAAAACAAUGAUGGCAUCUAAUAGCCUUCAGAUCAAUAAAGUGAAUGAAACAGCACUAACCCUUGAAGAAGCUUUUCAACUAGCCACUCUAGGAGGAAGCCAAGCUCUAGGACUAGAUGACGUGAUUGGAAACUUUGAGGUCGGCAAAGAAUUUGAUGCACUGCUAAUCAACACGAAGGCUUCAGACAGCCCUUUUGACUUGUUCUCUGCUGAUAAUUUUGAGGACACUCUCCAGAAGUUCCUGUAUCUGGGUGAUGAUCGGAAUAUUUCUGAAGUGUAUGUGGCUGGAAAGCAAGUGGUUCCUUUUUCAAGUUCAGUAUAAAUCCAUUUUCCUUUUGCAUAAUGCUCUGCUGGUCAUUCU